CUACCUUUUAAAAGAUAAUCGGAAUUAUCGGAGAUAAAAUUAAUUUUUUCGGGUAUAUAUUAUAUUUGUUUUAGAACAAUUAUUGCAUAUCCAAAGUGGUCUUUAGACUGUGUGUGCAAAUUAAAUAGUUAUACAUCUAAGUGGGAAUGUUUAAAAGCUUACUGAUCUUGGCGGCCUUAGGGCUUGCCUUAGCCCGGCCCAACGAAGAGUCUGGUCCAGUGAGCAGACACUUAGAACCUCACGCAGACUGCCCUCCAUCAGAGUACCACUACCUCCUCCCUCACGAAUAUGACUGCACCAAGUUCUACUACUGCGAAUAUGGACUAAAGUGGAUCGAGCCAAGGAGUUGUGCUCCGGGAACGGAAUUCAAUGCUCAAAUUCAGGUUUGUGUACACCCAUCACAAUCUGGAUGCCAUCUACCGGGCCCUGGACCAUGGCCUUCAACUAGUUCCACUGAAUCGCCUUCAACUACAACUGCUGGCACUACCACUACAACAGCUGGUACUACCACUACAACUGCUGGUACUACCACUACAACUGCUGGUACUACCACUACAACUGCUGGUACUACCACUACAACUGCUGGUACUACCACUACAACUGCUGGUACUACCACUACAACAGCUGGUACUACCACUACCACUGCUGGCACUACCACUACAACUGCUGGUACUACCACUACAACUGCUGGUACUACCACUACAACAGCUGGUACUACCACUACAACAGCUGGUACUACCACUACAACAGCUGGUACUACCACUACAACAGCUGGUACUACCACUACAACUGCUGGUACUACCACUACAACUGCUGGUACUACCACUACAACUGCUGAACCUACCACUACAACUGCUGGCACAACCACAACUACUUCAAUACCACCAUGUGAUACGUCUCCGUCUCCUUCAUCAACAACAACACAGCCACCUUCAACAACAACAACUGCAGCUCCAUCCAGCACCGUUAGGCCGUUACCUGACUGUGAUUUCCUGGACAAUGGCUGCCCAGCUGACUUCGACGUCCACUGGCUCCUCCCUCAUGAGGACUACUGCAACAAAUUCUACUACUGCGACAAAGGAGAACUUGUUGAGAGGAUCUGCGCUCCUGGUACCGUUUUCAGCCCCAUCGAAGGCGUCUGCGUGUGGCCAUGGGCUUAUGACUGCGGUAACAAAGGCAUCGCCGACCCGCCAACCACAGAGGCUCCCAUCGACGGUGGUGACAAGCCCUGCAACGGUACUGACAAUGAUAUUGGAGACGUUCUUGAGAAUGGAUGCCCAGCUAACUUCGAUGUUCACCAUCUACUGCCCCAUGAGACCGAUUGUGACAAGUUUUACUACUGUGUUCAUGGAGAGAAAGUCGUGAGCCCUUGCGCUCCCGGCACCCACUUCAACUACGAAAUCCAGGUUUGCGACUGGCCGCACAAUGUGAACUGUGUACCUGGAGGUGGUGGUGGUGGACCCAACCCUGGACCCAAUCCUGGACCCAACCCUGGAAGCGAGGAAGACUCCGGCAGCAUUGAGAUUAAUGAUCCAAACCCCGGCUGCAACGGUAACUGUCCAGGAGACAAUGACUUCGUGCCCCUUCCCAAUGGCUGCCCAGCGGACUUUGACAUCCACCAUCUAUUGCCACAUGAGAGUGAUUGCAGCAAGUUCUACUACUGCGUCCAUGGACAGAAAGUAGAGUCCAGCUGUGCUCCUGGUACUCAUUUCAACCCUGUUCUUCAGGUCUGCGACUGGCCACAAAACGCUGGAUGUGAACAAUCCUCCAACUGCCCUGGAGGCAGCACUUGCCCAGGAGACGGUGGUGACCAACCAGGUCCAGGAGACGACGAUAGUAGCAGCAUUGAGAUCAAUGAUCCAAACCCCGGCUGCAACGGUAACUGUCCAGGAGACAAUGACUUCGUGCCCCUCCCCAAUGGCUGCCCAGCGGACUUUGACAUCCACCAUCUAUUGCCCCAUGAGAGUGAUUGCAGCAAGUUCUACUACUGCGUCCAUGGAGAUAAAGUAGAGUCCAGCUGUGCUCCUGGUACUCAUUUCAACCCUGUUCUUCAGGUCUGUGAUUGGCCACAAAACGCUGGAUGCGAACAGUCUUCCACUUGCCCUGGUGGCAAUACCUGCCCAGGAUGCGACGGUAACGGUAACUGCCCACCAGGAGGUGAUGAUAACGAAAACCCCGGCUGCGAUGGUAACGGUAACUGCCCACCAGGAGGCGAUGAUAACGAAAACCCCGGCUGCGACGGUAACGGUAACUGCCCACCAGGAGGCGAUGACAAUGAAAACCCCGGCUGCGAUGGUAACGGUAACUGCCCACCAGGAGGCGAUGAUAAUGAAAACCCCGGCUGCGACGGUAACGGUAACUGCCCACCAGGAGGCGAUGAUAACGAAAACCCCGGCUGCGAUGGUAACGGUAACUGCCCACCAGGAGGCGACGAUAACGAAAACCCCGGCUGCGAUGGUAACGGUAACUGCCCACCAGGAGGCGACGAUAACGAAAACCCCGGCUGCGAUGGUAACGGUAACUGCCCACCAGGAGGCGAUGAUAACGAAAACCCCGGCUGCGAUGGCAACGGUAACUGCCCACCAGGAGGCGAUGACAAUGAAAACCCCGGCUGCGACGGUAACUGCCCACCAGGAGGCGACGAUAACGAAAACCCCGGCUGUGAUGGUAACGGUAACUGCCCACCAGGAGGCGAUGACAACGAAAACCCCGGUGGUGAUCAACCAGCCGACAAUAACCCAUGCGAAAAUGAGUGCAAUGUUGCCCCUUGGGCUUCAGACGAUUGCGACAAGUACUGGAUCUGUGUAGGCAACCAGAAGGUCCAAGUCACCUGCUCUGAUGGUCUUCACUUCAACCCUGUUACAUUGACGUGUGAUUUUAGCUGCAAUGCAGGAUGUGAGAGGAAAAAUGUAGAACUCACUGAGUUCUACGAUGGAGUCAAAGUCUUCCUGCCUUGGAGUAAACUAACCAGCGAAAUGAAACAGCUUUUGACCAUGGAUGAGUUGUAAACUAUUUACUAUUUGUAAAUAGGUUGUAAACAUUAAUAAUGCACUCUGUAAAUGAGUUGUAAACUUUACAUUUAUGAAUAUUUAUUCCUUUUAAAAUAGAUUAUUAUCUUUGAUUGAAAUUGUCAAUGUGUAAAUGUAACAAUUUGAAUUGAAUAAACAAUUGAAUUGUUUACACUGUUCCUGUUUAAAUUCAUGAAUGUAGAAUAUUUACAAAUGAAUCUUUAAAUCUCUCUUUAAAAUUGUUUAUCAAUGUUGCAAGAAGAGAUUUAAGUUGAAUGUAAAAUUUAAUUUACUUAUCAUUUAUAAAUUAAUAAAUUUGUGAUUUAAGUCAGGAAUCUUUUAAAAUUGUUACAUUAUAUUUAUUUGAGCAAAAGAAAGGAAUGUAAAUAAAAGGUUUUUUAUUGCAGAAAAUAAUAUUUUAUUUUUGUAAAUGUAUCGUAGAAGAAAUAUAAAUAUGAAAUUGUCAAUUUCACUCAGUUUCUAGCGUAAUUAAUGUCUUAAGUUAAGUUUAUCCUAGUCUAAAAUUAAAUAAGGCACAAUUUAAAUUAUAUUAAAUUAUUUUUUAAUAUA